AUGUUGGGCAUUCAUUCUGGUUUCCAAACAUUAAUGAAAGAAGUUGCUCCAUUUGCAUUAUUUAACCACUGCAUUAUCCACCGUUAUGCUUUGGCAAUGAAAACUCUUCCAUCUGAUUUAAUGGACACAUUUACUCAUGUAGUGAAAAUUUUUAACUACAUCCGAAGUAGUACGACAAAUACAAGAAUUUUUAAGGACUUAUGUAAUGAAAUGGUAGGAAAAUUCGACGUCUUGUUGUUCCACACAGAGGUACGUUGGUUGUCGAGAGGCAAGGUGUUGCACCGAGUGCUUGAGCUCCGAGAAGAAAUUGCUUUGUUUCUAGAAAGGAAAAAAUCAGGGAAGGUAAAGGAGAAAGAGUUUCACGCUCAAAUAACAGAUAAUGUAUUUAUUUCUAAACUGGCAUAUCUUGCGGAUUUCUUCGGAGAAAUAAAUACACUUAAUCUCAGUUUGCAAGGAAAUAUGACGAAUAUUUUAACUGCUCAAGAUAAGGUUGCCAGUUUUCUUCGUAAAUUAGUCAAAAUGUUAUUUAAUUUGUAUUUAAUAACAGCUUACGAUGGUACUUACUGGUCGUUGAUAGAAAUUCAUGAAAUAUCUGAAAUUGAAAAAGAAUGUAUUGAAUAUAUUACAGGAUCGGUAGUUAAAAAAUGUAUAAACAAGUAUCCAUACUUGGGAGAAAAGGUUUAUCAUUGUGACGACAACAAUUCAAGUUUGACUGAAAAAAUUACAUAA